UAUAAGAGAGGCCCAAAGCGGAAAAAGAUAAACAGAGAAGGCGUCUAGAGCGGAUCCGUUGGGGUGGAGUCAAUUAGUCGAAAGAGGUGUUGUAAGGGAGAGCAAGUAUGUGUUGUUGUUAUUGUUGGUGUAGGAGUCGAAAUGUGAGAGAAGUUGACAGGGAGAAUAAGGUAUAUAAUGGAGAGGAUGGCAACCUGUGGGAGCCAGCAUUGGAGGGAGGAUAAUACAACCAGAUUAGUUUGAAAUAGUGCGAAAACACUAAGAUAAUAUCAUAGUAAUAAUAUAAUAUCACAAUAUCAUAAUAUAAUAAUAAUAUAACAUAUUAUAAUGGAAGACGCUCAUCCUACGGUUAGUGGAGUCAGCAAAGGAGAAAGAGAGGAAGAUGAGAUUCCAGCAAAAGCAUUUAGAAAACACAAUAGAUUACAAAGAAUAAAAGAGUUGAAGGUACAGCAAGUAAGACCUAGACAUUUUGCUAUAGUGUUUCUUUUGUUAUACAUUAUAUUUGAAUGUAUAGUUGUUGGAGGGUCGAUUACGCCUGGGACUAGGGGCACGUAUGUGAUGGAAUUGAAAUAUAUCAGUGAGGAUAACACAGUUUUCUUCCAACAGGAUUCGAUUUCGGAAUUACAGGUGAGAGUUGGGUACUUUUCAUCAUGUUUGAAGUCGUAUUCCGACAAUGGGAACAGUGGAUGGGAAUGUGGUAACAAUGAGUUGAGAAUUAUUUACAAUAAAGAUAAUUUCAACAGAAAUUCGACAGCUAAUAUUGAUUUAUUGAAUUUUGUUUCAGAGACGAGUGUUAAAUUCCGAGAAGAUUGUUUAUCGCCAUAUGUUUUGAUUGUUUCUAUUAUAUUAUCGUUUUUGUCAAUCUUUUUGUUUGCGUUUGUGAGUCCAUCUAGCAAUCCCAAAUUCUACAAGUUUUCAACUGUUGUCAUCUAUUUGGCGUUUUCGUUGGCAUUGGUGGGAGCAGUUUGGCAAGAGACAAAUGUGCUUACCGGAAGCAAGUUAAUGGGAGUAAUGGAAGACGAUUACUAUAGGUUGGAGACGCAUUCUGGAAUCACAGCAAGGGUAUUGGUAUGGUUUGGAGUUUCAUUGUUGAUAGCAUCGUGUGUUUCGUUGGCAGCACUUUCUAUUAUUGGAGAGUUAGUUAGGUCGACACAAGAUGAGUUGGAAAUUGAAGCAACAAAGACUACCAAUACAGAGGUAUUGGAGCGCCCAUAGAUGAAGAAAGAAUAGGUAUCAUUUGGUAUCGAUACCAGAAGUGUAAAAAAAAAAUGACUAAGAGGAAGAAUAAUGGAACGUGGGUUUAGAGGAUUUUAUUUAGCAUAAGACAGUUCAAUGCAGUUUAAUAUGAUUUCUGUAUUAGGCGAUGAGGUGUGAUUGGCUGGCUAAGGAAAAGGUGGUUGGAGCUAGUAAAGCAUGUGGAGAGGUGGUCGUAAGUGGGUAUUUGGUACCGGUUUUCACUCAAUUAAUGUGGCUCAUGUG